AUGGAAGGAGAAUUAUAUGAUUCGCCAUUAUUUCCAAUGAUAUGCUUGGAAAAAACGAAAGCGCUUGAUGUAUUUAUUGAUUUCAUGCUUCAAAAUCAACCCUGUAAAAUGUACACUAAAACAAUUGCGAAAUGGAAAAGUCGGCAACAAUGGGUGAAAUGACAUAUGGAAGUACCGUUAGUCAAAAAAAGAACUGAUAAGAGAAUAGAAAAUUGUCAAAAAACAAAGCUUAAAGAUUAUAUCGAGAUGAUGCAAAAGAGUGAUGGAUCGAAUAAUAUUGGCUAUGCCAAAGAUUGGCAUUUUCAACAGUUAGUUGAUAAUAAUUUACGAGCUUCGGAAUCAGGGACAGCCUACGAAAUGUAUGAAUUGCCAUCGGUUUUGCGUUUUGAUUGGAUAAACAAUGAAAUAUGGUCAAAUGAUAAACGUAAUCAGUUAGGCGACUAUCGUUUUGUUUAUUUCGGAGCCAAGAAUACAUGGACACCAUUUCACGCUGAUGUGAUGAGUUCGUAUAGUUGGUCAGCGAAUAUUUGCGGACGAAAGCUUUGGUAUUUUGUACAACCGAACAAUGAGGAAUGCUUUAGAAUUGAUCGUAAUACAUUUUUAGAGGAUAUUCGAACGGUUCAAGACAAAUGGCCUAAAGCUAAUGUUAUAUCAUUUAUUCAAGAAGAAGGAGAAAUUGUUUUCGUUCCUUCCAACUGGUAUCAUCAAGUGCAUAAUUUAGAAGAUACAGUUUCAAUCAACCAUAAUUUUAUUAAUGCGAGUAACGCGGACUUGAUUGUUGAACUGAUAAUCAAACGUCUGAUGGAUAUAGACAGGGAAUUAGCCGAUUGCAGAUCUUGUUUUUCAUCUGCGGAAUACAGCAGCUACCGCGAAAAGAUAUUGGCUGCAGACAUUCGGGUAAACUUAGCGCAAUUCAGUUCAUUGCUUCAGCUGAUUAUAGAUGAUCGAGGAACGGAUGUAGACGAAUGCUGGAUUUGUCCACAACACUGGUCACUUUCGGAGUGCAAAAAGAAUGACAAUUGUCAAGAAUUCAUGCGAACAAUGAUUCGAACAAAUUGUACCUGUCAAAUGGGAAGCAGUGAGAUCUGUAAAAAGUGUUUAAAUUUCAUGAAAAAAUAUGAAAUUUCCAUUGCCGCUGAGUGCCUUGCGCGAAUUCGUCGCAUCGAGAAAGAAAAUUUAUAUGGAUCUCAAAAAUCAUGA